AUGCACCCGAUACCCUCCGCCGCCCUCUUCGGCAUCCUGGGCUCUACCUUGGCCGCCUGUGCGCCGACGGCCGAGACGUCCCUCGGGAAGAUACAAGGCGGGAAGUGCAGCAGCACCGAGACGAACUACUUCUUCUCUAUCCCCUUUGCCAACCCUCCUGUCGACGAGCUGCGGUUCAAGGCGCCGGAGAAGUAUACGAGGCACUUCAACGGCACCCUCGACGCGACCAAGUCGACUCCGUUCUGUAUACAGUUCAGCUCCCUGUUCGGGGAGUCGAGUACGCAGAGUGAAGACUGCCUCUAUCUCAAUGUCUGGGCACCCGCAGGAGCAUCAAAUGGUUCGAAUCUGCCGGUGAAGGUCUGGCUGUACGGCGGCAGCAACGAAGGCGGCGGUGUCGCCGACCCUGCCUACGAUGGCUGCUUCUCGACCACCGACUCCAUCAUGGUAUCUAUCAACUACCGUCUGGGCCCUCUCGGAUUCCUCGCCUUGAAGGACUUAGGUUUGAGUGGUAACUUUGGCACCAUGGACCAGAUCAUGGGCCUCGAAUGGGUACAGGAGAACAUCGCAGCGUUUGGUGGAGAUCCCAACAAGGUCCUCCUCUUCGGCCAAUCCGCAGGCGCCACGGACACCUAUACCAUAGCCACGCUUGAGCAGGCGCCCAAGCUAAUGCGCGCCGCUGCCAUGGAAUCAGGCGGCGGGCGGGAUCUCGCAACCGUCGAGGAAGCCCAAACCGUCCACGGCGUCUUCGCCAACGCCCUGAACUGCAGUACCACCGACAUCUCCUGCUUCCGCGCCGCCUCCCCAGCCGCGCUCCAGUUCGCCGUAGCCGCCAUGCCCACCCCCGGCGUCCCGGAGGCCUACACGCAGCUCUGCAGCUCCGGCGCGCGCACCAACUGGGGCCCCCUAGUCGACGGGUCCCUGAUCCCCGUCUCCCCUGGCACGUCCGGCGUGCGCGUCCCAUCGAUCUUCGGCUCCAACACCAACGACGGGUCGCUGUUCGUGCUCGCCGUGUACCGGAAGCAGACUUUCAGUAUCGGACAGGCCGAGUACGACGCCUUCCUGACGCACAACUUCGGCUCGCUGGCGCCGCGGGUGAACGCCACGUUCCCGCUCCAGAGUAGUAAUGUUUCGGCGGCGGCGCUGAUGACGCAGAUCGUCACGGACGCCGUCUACAAGUGCCCCGCGCACCGCGGGCUGCUGGCGGGCGCGCGCAACGGCGUCCCCGUGUGGGCGUACGAGUUCACGCACGCGCCGAGCUGCCCCUGGGUAAGCCAGCUCCCGGCCGCCAUCCUGCCGUACGUCGGCGUCGCGCACUCGGCCGAGAUCCCGUUCGUGUUCAACACCACCACCGCCCUACCCCGGCCGGAUGGGAACUGUAGUUUCACGGCUAAAGAAACGGCGCUGGCGGGGAGGAUGAGCCGCGCCUGGACGGAUAUGGCGCAGUAUGGACGGCCGGGGGAUGAGGUGGCGUGGCCGCGGUUUACGGAGGGGGUGGAGGUGGGGGUUGAUUUGGGCCAUCCGUUGGCAGGGUUGGUGGUUGGGGGCGUGGAUUAUGAGCGUUGCUCUCAGUUUUGGGAUCAGAUUGAUGCGGCUAUGGCUCUUAAUCAGACGCAGCAUGAGAGACGAUAG